UGUUGGGGAGUGGACUGAAGUAAUUGAUCGAAGCAUGGAGGGCAGACUCUUCCUUUAUAAAGGCCCAGCCUCACUUGAAAGGAAAAAAUGGAAAGGAUGGUCUGCGUAGGGGAUCUCAGGCUUAAGGAUUUUUUUUAAAGAUGGAAGAGACUUGGCACCUGCUUACUAGAUGAGGGGAGGAGUCCCCUCAGGUAGGGAAAGAUUGAUGAAAGAGUAGAGCUCAUGGAGAGAGGGGAGGGCGCAGGGACAGUGGGUGGUUCUGGGCAAGCCCAGGGGCAACAGGGGCCAGCCCCACAGUGGGAAUGUGGAAAGUUGUGGGCGCUCGCUCCUCACAAGUGGCAAAGUCACUUGACAAGAAAUCAUCUGACGUGAAAGGGCACCAGUGGGUGGUGUUAGGAUGGAAGAAAGCAGUAAAGGUGGAGCCCUUGUGAGGAGCUGACCAAGGUCUUGUAAAAACAGUUGUGGAGCAGCCAUAAGGGGCCUGCUGAGGUUGAAGACCUCAGAGUGUGGUGGGAUCUUUUCCCAUCCCUUCAGCAAGAUUUGCUACUCUAGACAUGAAUGCAGGAGGCUCCUCAGUGAGGAUGGGGUGCUGGGGUGAUGAGCCAUCCUGCUUUCCCGGGACUGAGGAAUUUUCUGGGACACAGAACUUUUAGUCCUAAAACUGGACAAUCCUGGCAAAUCAGGACCAGUUAGUCACUCAAGGUAUUGCACAGUUGGUGGUCAGGAGAGAAAAUGGCGAGAGAAUGGAGGGUGCCAGGUGGAGAGAGUUUGUGGCAUAUACUCUAGGUCCAGUCUAGGGAGAAAUGGAAGUGAAACUAUUACUUGGUAAUAAUUUGUGAAAAUUCACUCAUUUGUUCAUUCAUCCAUUCAACAAAUAGUAAUCGAGUGCCUACUGUGAGUCAGGCACUGGGGUCCAUGCAGAAGAUUUAACCAAAAUAAGAUAUCGGUGUCCUCACGGCCCAUCCUUCUGUGGUGGCUAGUGUCCACUGGUCCUCAGGGCCUGUUCUCACCUGUGUCCAGGGAGUGGAAAACAGCAGGCGGUAUCUCCCCGGCUUUUUUAUAAGUAGAAUAUGAAUUUAGUUCUGCCAAUUAGGUGCAUUCAGGCAAAGUUUAUAAACAGAAGUGAGGUAGAGACCAAUAGCUGGUUGCUUUUCUUAGUUUCUCUGCUGGCAAGCAGGCAGUGGUGACUUGGGGAUCUGGGCAGCAGCACUUUGGUGUCCAGUCGCCAGGCUUGGAGUGUGUGGAGGCAGGAAUGGUGGUGGUGGGUUGCCUUCUGGUCUCUGGAUCACUGCACGUGUUCUUUUUUAUUUUAAAUUCUCAUCAGAGAAUAUAUUGAUUGGUUUUAGAGAGAGAAGGAGGAGAGAGAGAGAAGACAUCGAUGUGAGAGAAACAUCAAUUGGCUGCCCUGACUGGGGAUCAAACCCCAAACCUGCUGGUACAGGGGAUGGUACUCUAGCCAACCAAGUAACAAGGCCAGGGCUCACUGCAGGCGUUCUCGAGCUCAGUCCUGUCUGUGGCAGCCUCCUGAUUCUCCACUGUCUUGGCUGAGUGAGACUCGGCCUUUCUGAGAGUCCCAGGAAUCUUUCUCAGAAGCCCAGCCGAGAGCCCCUUCCUCCAGCCCUUGCAGCAAUGUUGUAAGCACCUGUAUUAAAAGCAUUUCUAACGAAAAUACCUGGUUUCUGUUUUUAAUACCUGGCACCCUUUUCUGUUAGUCAGUUUGUAGAAAUUAACUCUGGUAAUUUAGAGCAGCUUUGUUUAAAUGAUAAUUAGGACCUCCCCAUGACUUCCAGAAAUGAAACUGGAACUGGUGUUAGAUUUUAAGUCAUUCAAUGGUGAAGAUCAGAAACAGUUUGUUCUAGAGUAUGGGUGUGGAAAAAAAGGAAAAGCAUAGUCAUUCAGGUGAACUUCGACAGUCAGGAGGGCCUGGGGGGAAGACAACAGGAAUUUUUAAAGAAUUCUCAAACAGUCACCCAGAUGCCAGUUGUGUCUGGCUGGAAAAGCCUUAAAAUAGUGGUGUGAAAUGAAACCAACAUAAUGUUGAUCAGGAGGACUGGGCAUUUGAAAGAAGGAAAGAAAACGACGGGCUCACAUAGCUCCUCCAUCCUUCCCCUGCGUGAGGCGAAGCAGGUGACUGCAGAGGAGAACGACUUCAUUGGAGAGGAUUCUGAGAGAGAUGAAGAAAGCCAUCAGAAAUGAAGUCAGUAGCCUCACGGCCUUCUGUUAACUGGACUGGAGUCUUAUUACUGCACUUCUUUGCGAAGACCCUCUACGUGACUUACAUGAUGUCGGCUGAGGUCAUUCAUCAGAUUGAAGAGGAACUCGAUGACGAUGAGAAGGAGAUGCUUCUUUUUCUGUGUCAGGAUGUGGCGGCAGAUGUGGCUGCACAUAAUGUCAGGGACCUUUUGGAUAGUUUAAACGAGAGAGGAAAACUGCCUACCAUGGGCCUGGCUGAGCUGCUCUACAGAGUGAGGCGGUUUGACUUGCUCAAGCGGAUCUUGAAGAUGGACAAAACGACUGUGGAGACCCACCUGCUCAGGCACCCUCAUCUUAUUUCAGACUACAGAGUACUGAUGACUGAAAUUGGUGACAAUUUGGAUAAAUCAGAUAUGUCCUCAUUAAUUUUUCUCAUGAGGGAUUAUAUGGGCCGAAGCAGGACAGCCAAGAAUAAAGAUAAGAGUUUCUUGGAUCUUGUGACGGAAUUGGAGAAACUGAAUCUGGUUGCUCCAGAUCAAUUGGAUUUAUUAGAAAGAUGCCUAAAGACCAUCCACAGAAUAGACCUGAAGACAAAGAUCCAGAAAUACAAGCAGUCUGCUCAAGAAACAGGAACAAGUUAUAUAAAUGCUCUCCAAGCCUCUCUCCCAAACCUGAGUCUUAAGGAUCCUUCUUAUAACUUAAGGCUUCAGAAUGGGAGAAGUAAAGAACAGAGACUCACGAUGAGGCAGCCUGACAUUCAAAGAGAACCAGUGAAGACAUCCAUUCAAGAAUCAGGAGCAUCUUUGCUUCAGCACAUACCAGAAGAAAGAUAUAGGAUGCAGAGCAAACCCUUAGGAAUCUGCUUGAUAAUUGAUUGCAUCGGCAAUGACACAGAGCUUCUUCGGAAUACCUUCACUUCCCUGGGCUAUGAUGUCCAGUGUUUCCUGCUUCUAACGAUGAAUGACAUAAUUCAGAUUCUCUGCAAAGUUGCCAGUAUGCCUCGUCAUCAAGACUACGACAGCUUCGUCUGUGUCCUGAUGAGCCGAGGGAGCUCCCACAGCGUGUUUGGUGUGGAUCCGUCUCCCUCAGGGUUACCCUUAGAUCACAUCAGGGAGAUGUUCAUGGGAGACGCAUGCCCUUAUCUCGUAGGAAAGCCAAAGCUCUUUUUCAUUCAGAACUACGUGAAGGCAGAGCACAGUCCGGAAGACUGCGGCAUCCUGGAGGUGGAUAGGCCAGCAGUGAACAACGUGAAUUCCAAGACAAGGCAGUCUGGGCCCAGCAUGGUUCACCGAGAAGCUGACUUCCUCUGGAGCUUGUGCAAAGCAGAUGUGUCUCUGCUGGAGCGGCCCUCCAUCUCGCCAUCCGUGUACCUGCAGUUUCUCGCCAAAAAACUGUGGCAAGAAAGAAGACGACCACUUGUGGAACUCCACAUUGAACUGCAUAACAGUGUAUAUAACUGGAACAGAGGAGUGUCCGAUAAGGAGAGGUAUUACGUCAGUCUACAGCAUACCCUGAGAAAAGAACUCAUCCUCUCCUGCAAUUGAAAAGCCAAUGACUUUUCUGGCUGCAAAAACCAGUAGAGAUUGAGUCAGGAGAAGAAACUGCUGGAGCUCCAAGCAGUUCCCCUUAAAGAACUGACAUACACACCUAUGCAGACUCGCUCACUUAAAGCUCUGGCAGUGGAGUGGCGCUGGAAAAGUACGGGCCACACACGAGGAGAAACUGAACUGUCUGACAUCAAGGUGAGCAGAAGUCAUUCUCACUUUACAUCCAGAGAUGUAAAAAACUCUGAAACUUUCAAUGUUAACUAAAAUAUCUUGAUAGUUUCAGAAGUGUGCAAUGAUGAGUCAUUGUGUUGUACAGCAGAAAUUAAUUAUUAAAUUUUUAUGUACUCUCGGGGAUGUGUACAUAUAGGGAAUUUUGAGUAAAUUUGUAUUAUUUGUAUUAAUUGUAUUAUUUGUUUUGUUUUAUACAGAGUGUAUAUUAUUGUAAUUAAAAAAUAAAAAUUAUUGUUAAGUAGCUUAGUUUCU